GACGUGUCAUGUGAUGUAAUAGGCUGAGAAAGAGGGGAAAAUAAAAGGAAAAGAACAGCGCGGGAGAGCGGAUGCUUCAGGUGUAGGUGGAAAUGGAUUUCUCAGAGGCGUAUACUGAUAGAUGUUCUACUGUUGGACAUGCAGCUCGAAGAGGUGAUAUAAAAUCCUUGAGGAAACUAAUUAAAAAAGGAAGCAGCGUGGAUGUGCCUGAUAACAGAGGAUGGAUGCCAAUUCAUGAAGCAGCGUUUUCAGAUGCCGCUCAGUGUUUACAGCUGCUGAUUCAUUCAGCUCCGUCCAGGGCGUACCUAAAGUCAAAGACGUUUGAAGGGGAGUCCGCGCUACAUCUUGCCGCUAAGCGUGGAAGUGUUCCAUGCUGUGAGUUCCUGCUGCGAGCCGGGGCCGAUCCCAAUGACCUCACCAAUGAUGUAACGACACCGCUGUUCCUAGCUGUGGAGAGCGGCUGUGAAGCUGUUGUCAAGCUGCUGCUGAAAUACAAAGCAAAUGUUAAUGGGUCACAUUCUUGUUCAGGAUGGAAUCCACUUCAUCAGGCUUCACUUAUGGGCCGCACCGACCUAAUACAGCUACUUCUUGACAAGGGAGUGGAUAAGGAGUGCAAGGAUGACUUUGGCAUUACCCCUUUAUUUAUUGCAGCACAGUACGGAAAAUAUGAGAGCUUAAAUUUUCUGUUGUCUUGUGGUGCUGAUGUCAACUGCCAAGCCAAGGACAAGGCGACUCCAUUAUUCAUCGCAGCGCAGGAAGGCCACGAGAAAUGCGCAGAGCUGUUACUGUCUACGGGAGCCGAUCCAAAUCUUUACUGCAAUGAUGACGGCUGGCAGUUGCCAGUACACGCAGCUGCACAAAUGGGCCGCUGCAAGAUUCUGGAAAUGCUCAUUACGGUCACAGGUCGUAUAUGUAAUACUGGGAAAGAUCAAGUGAGUCCAGUGUAUUCUGCAGUUUAUGGAGGCCACAGGCAGUGUGUGGAGAUGUUAUUAUCUGGAGGCUUUAGCCCAGAAGCUCAGGAGUGUCCAGUCUUUGGAUGCAAAUCGCCAAUGUGUAUGGCUGUUCAAAGAGGGCACUCGGUAAUGGCUCCGCUUCUCCUCCAGUAUGGAUUCCAGCUGUCAAGCUUUUAUUUACAGCGGUGUUUAGAAUACAACAAUUUUCCUUUAUUUCGCUACUUUCUAAGCCAAUCCUGCCCAUUGCCUUCUGGGAAUGAACUUGAUGCAUUUAAACUACAGUCAUCUUCCAGCCAUUACAAAGAAUGGCUGCCCUAUUUGCUACUGGCCGGCCUUGAUCCUACACCUUUGCUGGAUGUUACAUGGAUCCGUUCUGUAAAUAACGAGGUUGUUAAUUUUACUCUCGAGUUCACUAAUUGGAAGCGGCUUUCUGCAGAUGUGGAGAUGCUCCUGUCCACCCACGCAGAACACUUCACCUGGAUUCCACACAAGCAUUUCGCAUCUCUCCCAUCACUGAUGCAUCUCUGCCGACUUAAAAUCCGUUCGCUCUUGAAAACGGAACAUUUACGGUCUAAUAAAUACAUAUCUCGACUGCCUCUUCCUGUCUGCCUUCAAGAUUAUCUGCAGUAUUCUGAUGUGCUACAUCACCAUGGUAUUGCCAGAAAGGAUGAUUCUCCUGAGGAUAACCUAGCAAAUAUCUCUCAAGCAAGUGAUUGAUGGAAAUCCGUAUAUCACCUUGACUGGACAUUAAUACACUGCCCUAGGCUGAAUUUCAAUUUUGAAUACCACUUGUAGAUAUGUUAUAAAAUGUUUUUGAUGCAUUCUGGACUGAAACAUGCUGCUAUGUAAAUCUGCGAUGUAAGGAGCAGGAAGUAUAGAUGUAAAUAUCAUGUAAAA